AUGUCCUUGGCAAGUGGGAUUAAGGAGAUUCCCAAGACAUUUUACAUGCAUAUUAGGACCAAGAGGGUAACUAAGGAAAGGAAAGGUCCACUCAAGGACAAAGAGGGAAUUCAUGUGCGGAGCAAGAGGAAAUGGUUUUCUUCUUCAGGUGGCAUUAACCAAUUGAACACACUCCCAUUAAUUGACCAGAGCCAUGUUGCAAUGACACCACACGUGAUGGAUGUGAAGUCAGUUGUCUCUUCCCCAUUUGAUGUUUCUUCUCCCAUCAGAUUCUAUCACAACAAUGCAAGCCAAGCUGAAGCCCACUACAAAGGUAACAAGCAUGCCAGGAUGGUCAAGGGGCUGGAGUCCAACAAAACUAAGCAGAAAGGGUCUGCUCCGAGGGACAGCACUAAUUCCACGGUCUCCAAGAUCAGCUCCACCUCACACACAGACAUCACUGAAAAGAGCAUUCAGAAAACAGAAGCUCGUAUAAAGAUUGUCCCUACUGCAGUUUCCUCAGAAACUCUCUGGCCCAUUUCCCCAUUGCUCACUCCUGACCUUCAACCAUCAACCAUCCUCAGUGCAUCAACUGACAGUACGUUGGCUACCGGAACCAUGACGACAGGAGCUUCUGGCGUGGAGAGAGUGACACUAGCUGAAACUGGAAUGGUUAGCAAGGAGUCUGACAAGGAGACAGCAAUGAAACUGCAAUACUGUUCACUCUGCAAAGUAGGCCUGAAUUCACUAUCCCAACUGCAUGCUCACAACAGUGGCACUAAGCACAAGACCAUGAUGGCAGCUCAGAAAGGUUUGGGUCCUAUAAAGGUUUAUCCAAAGCCACAUUUCAAACCCCACGGUCAAACAAGGCGCUGUUCUGGAUUACAGGAUAGGAUUUUCCACUGUCAAUUAUGUGGCGUUUGUGUUAACUCGGAAAUGCAACUGAAGCAGCAUAUAUCCAGUCGACGGCAUAAGGACAGAGUUGCAGGAAAGACUCCAAAGCCCAAACCUGGUCCAAAAAAGAAGCUACAACUCAAUUUCCAAGCACCAGCGGGGGUACCUGACCAGGUGGUGCUCUCUCCCAGCCUCUCCACCUCGCUGGACAGUGAGGACAAAGCUGGCAUGGUGCUCGAGGCUGUCAUCCUGCCUGAGGGGAGCAUUAAAAUUUGA